AUGGCUUCCUCAUCAGAACUAAGCUUGGAUUGCAAGCCACAAAGCUACUCUAUGCUUUUGAAAUCAUUUGGAGAUAAUUUUCAGAGCGAUCAAACCACACAGAAGCUUGAAGAUCUUCUUUCUCGUCUCGAACAGGAACGACUCAAGAUUGAUGCCUUCAAGCGCGAGCUUCCCCUUUGCAUGCAGCUCCUUAACAAUGCUGUGGAAGUUUACAAACAACAGCUAGAAGCAUAUCGAGCAAAUGGUAAUAACAACAACCAAAGUGUUGUCACAAGACCGAUUCUUGAAGAGUUCAUGCCCUUAAGAAACCAACCCGAAAAGGAGAACAACAAAGGAAAUAAUUGGAUGAAGACUGCUCAGCUUUGGAGCCAACCCGAAACCAAACCAAAAAACAUUGAUCCAACUACGAAUCAGUGUUCUAAAGACGAGCUUGCUAGUAGUCCAGAACUGAGACAUUUUGAUGUGAAACAAAGAAAUGGUGGUGGGGCUUUUCUUCCUUUCUCGAAGGAAAAAUCAUUGCCUGAACUAGCUCUAUCUACGGAGGUCAAAAGAGUCUCUCCGACCAAUGAACAUGCUAAUGACCACGACGGUAAUGAUGAGAGCAUGAUCAACGGUGGUAAUAACAACAACAAUAAUAAUAAUAAGAAUUCAAAUAGCAAUGGAGUUUCUUCGACAACAAGUCAAAGUAAUAGAAAGGCACGGCGUUGUUGGUCGCCGGAUUUGCACCGGAGAUUUGUCCAAGCUCUUCAAAUGCUAGGUGGUUCUCAAGUGGCUACACCGAAACAGAUAAGGGAACUUAUGAAAGUUGAUGGUUUGACCAACGAUGAAGUUAAAAGUCAUCUCCAGAAGUAUCGGCUUCACACAAGAAGACCAAGCCCAAGCCCACAAACAUCAGGUGGUCAAGGUCCUCACUUAGUGGUCCUAGGUGGUAUAUGGGUCCCACCAGAGUACACCACCGCACACGGAGGCACUCCGACUCUCUACCACCACCACGGCAACGCAGUGGCGCAGCCUCCACCACACUUUUGCUCCUCUCAAGAAUUCUGCACAGCUCCUCCACAGCUCCACCACCACCACCACUUCCAAACGUGUAACGGCUCAUCUGGGGAUGGCUCCGCAUCCACAGAUUCAGCUCAUCAUCAGUUAACGGACAAUGUCGUUGAUGAAGGGAAAUCGCCAGAGAGUACUGGUGGUGGGGAGAGAAAAGGAUUAGCUGCUCUUAGGGAAGAAAGUGGCGAUCAUAGCAAUAUUGAUGGAAGUGAAAUAACUCUCAAGUUCUAAAUUUUUUUCUUCUUCGUGAAUCUAUGGUUGAGGUUUGUGGGUGGCUAGAGAUUUAAUCCAUAUUGCUUGCAUAUCUCGAUAUAGUUCUUAGUAGAAAAAAUGCAUCGUAGGAAGAAGCGGGUGUUUGAUUUAUGAAAUUUAUUAUGAGUUAUGAUAAUUAAUUUAUCAUAACCUUUUUACAUUAUGAUAAUUAAUCUUGUUGAAUACUAUGUAAAAUUAUUGUGACCAUUUUCGAUAUUUUUUCUUUGUUAUGAGUACAAUAACAAUUGUUUGUCC